CGUCAAGGAAAGUCGCCCCACCAACGACGUCAAUGAAGGGACGCGAUAAUUCACACUAGGUAGAGAAACCGCGAGCUAUUUGGCCCCAACAACUCUACACGCCUGCGCACCAAUUCGAUACCAGAGGGUGCACUCGACACAAGUCAACCUGCCCGUAACCCACACGCACCGACGAAUCAAGAAAUACCCACAAUGCCUGCAGGCGGCUUCUCGCGCACGCGCAACGUCGAUUACGAUGACGACGAUAUUUACGACGACGAUGACUACUUCGAAGACGACGCCGGGGACGUCGAUGCGGGAGGAGAUGGCAUGACGGAGGACGACAAAGAGCAGAUGCGUGUGGGCACCGUCAAAGUCCGCGAGGCGCUAGGAGACAUGAGCGACUUCACGAGCGAUGAGCAAAUACAAGAAGCGUUAUGGCACUACUACUACGACAUCGGAAAGAGCGUGAGCUAUCUGAAGAACAAGCUCGGGGUCGCAGAGCCGAAGCAGGAGGCGCCCAAGCAGGAAAAGGCAAAACCAGUGUCGCGCUUCGACCAAGCUGCAAGUGUAGCAGACCAGAACGCGCCCGCAACCACAGGAACUACACCAAAGAAGAAGAAAAAGCAGAUCAACGGUGACUUAGCCGAGUCGGUCGAGAAGCUUACCGUGGCCGAUGAGCCAAGAGUCAAGAGCAAGAACUUGAACGUUGUAGACGAGUUCGAAAAGAGCGCUUCGAAGCGGAUGGCUAAUUUUGUAGUGCUCGGACAUGUCGACCACGGUAAGAGUACGCUCAUGGGGCGAUUGCUUUACGAUCUUCAUGUUGUCGAUCAGCGAUCGAUAGACAAAUUACGAAAAGAAGCAGAAACUAUUGGCAAAUCAUCAUUCGCGCUCGCGUGGGUCAUGGACGAAACGAGCGAAGAGCGGAGUCGUGGUGUUACCGUCGACAUUGCGACAAACUACUUCGAGACAGACAGGAGCGUGUUCACAAUACUGGAUGCGCCUGGUCAUAAGGACUUCAUACCAAGAAUGAUUUCGGGUGCAUCACAAGCCGACUUCCCCGUCCUUGUCAUCGACGCAAGCACCAACAGCUUCGAAUCUGGUCUCAAGGGUCAAACGAAGGAACACAUUCUAAUUGCACGAAGCAUGGGUAUGCAACAUAUUGUUGUGGCCGUGAAUAAGAUGGAUACAGUCGGAUGGUCGAAAUCACGCUUCGACGAGAUCUCGAAACUCAUGACCACCUUCCUCACCGAAGCAAGCUUCCUCGAAAAGCGGAUAACAUUCAUACCCCUAGCUGGUCUGACCGGAGAAAACGUCGUCAAGAAGAUCGAAAACUCGGCCGCACAUUGGUACACUGGCGAGACUCUGCUAGAAGCUCUAGAACGAAUCGAUCUACCAACCCGAAACCUCACGAAACCACUUCGGCUCUCUGUUGCUGACGUCUUCCGAGGUGAUAUCCGUUCACCGCUAAGCAUAUCAGGCCGUAUCGAUGCCGGAACCUUACAAGUGGGCGAUGUUAUCCUCGCUCUCCCUGCCAAUGAAACCGCAACUAUAAAAUCUAUCGAAGUGCAAGACGCACCCGUGGACUGGGCUGUCUGCGGUCAAAUCCCUACCCUCCACCUCACGGACAUCGACCCCGUUCACCUUCGUCAGGGAGACAUUGUCUGUUCCCCCAAAGAUCCUGUCAAACUUGUCAAAGCAUUUACGUCCAAGCUCCUGGCUUUCGAACACGUACUGCCUAUGCCGGUGGAAGUCUUUAGGAGCACACUCAACUCACCUGCAGGAAUUCGAACGCUGAGCGCUAAGCUUAAUAAGUUUACAGGAGAGGUUGUGAAGAAGAAGCCGAGAAUUGUGAAGCCAGGUGAGGUAGCAAGGGUGGUGGUGCAACUGGAAAAGGAGUUACCGGUGGAGGAGGGAAUGAGGGUCGUGCUUAGAGAGAGGGGACGAACGGUGGGGGCAGGAUUGAUGGAAAAUGUUGCUUGAUUGUGUGAAAAGGAGGAUAGACAACCCAAGAACGAUAUCUUGGUGGAAGCUUGCGACACCGUGGGGUGCGUAGUGCAUGACUCUGUAGUUUGUGGUCAUGACCUUACCAAGCUUCUUAUAAUAGACAAAUUCGAGUCUCAUAUCGUAC